GGAGGGAGGACCGGGGAAGGCGGGGGCCGUCGCUCAGCGCUCGCUGCCACCGCUGCUGCUUCCGGUGCGAGGUGCAGGCAGGCGGUCGGGCUGUCGGGUGGUGGGGACGGGGGAGCAACCUCUGUGGAGUCAGCCGGGGGAGCAAGGCCGAGCGGAGGCGGCGGCGGAGCUGGCCCCCGGAGCAGGAAUUGGGGCCCCUUCGUAACAGCAGGGCCCAAGCCCAUACACAAGUUGCUACCUUCCUUCACUUAGCUCCCCUUCACCUGUUCAGAACAGCAUCUGUGACCAUGGGGAACAUCUUUGGAAACCUGCUGAAAAGCCUGAUGUGGAAAAAGGAGAUGCAUCUGAUGGUGGGGUUGGAUGCUGCUGGGAAGACUACCAUCUUAUAGCUGAAGUUGGGGGAGAUUGUUACCACCAUUCCUACCAUAGGUUUCAAUGUGGAAACUGUUGAAUACAAGAACAUCAGCUUCACAGUUUGGGACGUAGGUGGCCAGGACAAGAUUCGGCCCCUCUGGAGACACUACUUCCAGAACACCCAAGGUAUGAUAUUUGUGGUCGACAGCAAUGAUCGGGAAAGAGUAAAUGAGGCAAGAGAGGAGCUGAUGAGGAUGCUAGCUGAAGAUGAGCUCCGAGAUGCUGUGCUACUUGUCUUUGCAAACAAACAGGAUCUGCCUAAUGCCAUGAAUGCAGCCGAGAUAACGGAUAAACUGGGCCUGCACUCUCUGCGUCACCGUAAUUGGUACAUCCAGGCCACCUGUGCCACCAGUGGGGAUGGGCUGUAUGAAGGCCUGGACUGGUUGGCCAACCAGCUCAAGAACAAGAAGUGAGCGCCAGCCAAUGCCCACCCCCCACCUCCCUCCCAACAUGCACCCACUCUCCACCCCAUUGUAAGUGUGGUGAGGACCCCAGUACCAUGUCCACAUGUCUAGCAAGAGCCUUGCCCACUCCCCCUGACAGCUGACAUGAUCAGUCCUUGUUUCUCAAUUGCUGUCUUGAUGAUGAUUUGCUCUGAAUUAUUGGAUCUAAAACCAAAACAAAAUAGAGUGUUAUGGUUUCAUGGAGUGCCCCCAUAUUUUCACCACUCCCCCAGAGUUCUUAUGGGGAGAGGCUUCUCUGCUUUGCUUGAUUUGGCUCUGAUUGUUGUGCUCUUGCAACUGAGUCCCUUCCCUGUCUCCACAAGCCACUCCCUUACUCCUUUGUCCCUCCCUUCUGCUUCUACAUGGAAUUUGCAACGGGCUUCUGUGUGUAAUGUGUGUGUAUGUGUGUGGUGUGUGUGUGUAUGUGUGUGUGCGUGUAUAUACAUGUAUAGAGAAAUAUAUAAGAGGGGGGCUAGGAAGAUGGACAGAGUUGGGGCAGGCACAGUUCAGGGCAUAAGACUCCCUCACCUGUCCCUCUCACCUCACCAAGGAGGAAGAAGGGAAAAGGUUUUGCUCUGGGUUGGGCUCGGUUACCCCAGGGAGUCUCUGUUGUCAGUCAGUUCUGGACCUCUUUCUUCCAGUCUUCUGGCUGGUGAGUCUCUCACUGGUUUCCCUGAAUGUGUGGCUUUCUUCUACUGUUAGCCUUGGAGAGGAUGUCUCACCUUUCAAUUCUAGACUCUCCCACUAAGAUUAGGGGUGGCUAAGGAUAAGGACUGAGUUGGGGAAUGAGGGAGGUAGAGAAAGCCUUGCUUUCCAUUUUCAUCUUUCUGACUGUUGGCAGGUGAAGAUGCAUAUUGGAUAAGUGACUUCUAAGAUGCCAUACUCCUGCCUUGACCCCCUAUUUCCAUAUAAUCCCUCCCCAUCUCCAUCAGUCCUGCUGCUGGUCUCUCCAAGUCCAGCUGAUUUGCCUAGUGGAGAGAGAGUGUGAAAUGGGUUGCCUCUACCUCCAUCCUCUUCUUCUCUAUCUCUUCCCUCUUCUUCGUGGCUUCUCCAACCCAGAGACAACUGAAAGAUGGGAAGACAUUCUUCUUAUUUCUGGGCACUCAGACAACCUUCCCAUCUUUUAUCCAUUCCCAGACACCUUUGUCUCCUCAACUCCACACCCUAUACUCUUAAGUUGGUCUGGAUGUUGGAGUGUAGCUUAAUAUCUAAGAUUAUGGAAUGUAAGUGGGAACUACUGGGAGUCAAUCUGUUCCACCCACCCACCCACCCACCUUAUUACAUUGGGGGUCUAUUUUAAGCCCUACUGCUACACUCUCUUCCAAGACUAUAGGAGGUAUUAAACACCUACCUGUGUUGUGAACUAGCAAGCCCUGGCCCUGUCUCUCCAAGGUUUCUGUGAAGCCUAAGGCUGCUUUUUGAGCUCCUGUGUGUGCUGGCUGCGGCCCUGGAGCUCCAAGACAGCCCCUGUAACACACCCUCCCUGUAGAAAGUUGGGGGAUCCAUGGGAAUCUUUCUACAGCCUUCCCAGUAUAGGGCCCCUCUCUGGGUAGGGUGUUUGUUUUUUGGGUUUUUGGGGUUUUUUUGUCAUGCCCUGGAAAGGAGAUCCUUACCUAUAUCUGUCUGCCAGGAAUGUCCUUCCACUCCCACCUUAAUCCUCAGUGCAGCAGACAAGUCAGCAUGUCUUCUGUCUCCUCAUCUUCCCCAGAUUGAACUGUGAAGUUUCCUCGGGGGUAGCUCCUUCUUUUGCCAGUUACUUAGUGACGUAAUUUAUUCUGGAUGUGUUGGGUGUUUGCAAGUUGUCCUGCUCUCUGGGCCUUUGUGUGUUUGUUGGUGGGGAGGGAUGGGGAUUUCUGGUUUGUUUUUCUCGUUUUAACAACUGUGCCCUGUCCCUGGGAAAGCAUUAAGACUUCUGUCUUUUGCUUUACUUAUUUGUCAUUGCCUCUCUUUUGUCUCUUCUCUGUCUCUUCUGUUUCUCUUUCCUCCUUUCCUUCAUCUCUAUCUCUUUGCUCUUUGCACUCCUGAUUUCUUUGGUUUCUUUGCACUUUAUGGUGACUUUGUCUUUCUAAAAUUUCCCUUAUCUGUUUCCUGACCUGUCCUAGCUAGCUUUGGGUCAGGCCAAAUAGGCCAAAUUGAAGAACUCAUCCCAUUCCCCUUCCUUCUUUGAAGAAAUGUUUGUGGGAGAAUAGGAAAACAGCUUUCUCAGCUGAAUCCCAAAGCCUCUUCCUGAAAGGGUUCUUUAUAAGUAAUGGCAGGUGACGGGACAGAAAAGGAGAACCCUUUGGAGGCAGGGCCUCCCUAUUUAAACUCCCAAGGACAUUGCUUCACACCCUAUACCUUUCUGUUCUGAAGACCCUCUCCCCUCUACUACUUUGGAAGGGCUGUGAAAAGACACUGCUGAUUGCCUUGGCUGCUUUUAGCCUCUGGGGAGCCUUCUUCCCUGUCCCCAGGGUGGGGCAUCAUCUCGGCAUUCCUGUUGUCCUGGAUCCUCUCUCCCAGGAUUGGGCAUUUCAUUCAGAUGAGUGCUUCUUCCCUAUCCCCCCCACCCCCAUGGUGGAUUGAAUUUUUGGUAUUCUCUGGCUCCAGACCCUCCCUUCCCUGGGGACAUUCCCCAGCCCCCAAGUCUAUGUGUGGUGAUACAGUGUUUACUGCAGUUCUGAACUGGUUUUUCUCUUUCUCCUCCUCUGGAAUAUAGAUUGUACAUGUUUAAUCAAACUCACCAUCUCUCUUAUUGCUCAAAAUGUGGGAUACGCAAUGACUGUGACCCUGGUUGGAUAUUAAACAUGUUUUAUGUA